AUGGAAAACGCAGCUGAAAUCGAGAAGGCUAAAGGCAAGCGUACAACAGCUAAAGGAAGAUUCACAAGAAAGAAGAACUUCCUCACCAAGUCGAUAGACAAUAACCAAGGCGUAGAAAUAGUUGAAACAAACUAUGCGAAACUCGCGGAGGCGUACGAUGAACUCGAAGGCAAACAUGAAGCCUACAUCGAGCUAUUGCCAGACGAUCAGUCUGAAGAAGCAGAAGUGUGGAUGACAGAAGUCCAAGAGAAGUUUAAUGAGGCGACCAAUCGCAAAAUCAAAUAUGUGGAACAAAUCACUGUGAAAGAAAGAUCAACACGUGCGUACGCGGAGCGUCAAGAAUACAUUGAUAAAGCACGCACAAGACAGAAAACAGCGCGCGCAGUUUUCGAAGCUUCAUACAAAAGUAUCUCGCACGCGCUGCAAUCUAAAGAAAUUCCCAAUUUUGCAUUGAGAGAUUUACAAAUGCAAAUUGAAGAAGAAUUUUUGGAAUGCAAACGAUCAAACGCAGAACUGCUACAAUUAUUAACUCAAGACUCAGCAGACGCUGAAAUAAAUUGGAUCGCUACAAUCCAAACCUGUUAUCAUGAAAUAAAGGAGAAAGUAGCGCUAAGCUACACUAAUGUGGAAGAAGCUAAAGAAACAAAGCGGGAGUCUACCGCCUCAGCUUCCUUUCUACAACUAGAAAAAGUGCGAAUGCCUCACUUUGACGGAGAACUGCGCAAGUAUCCGCAAUUUAAAAGAGAUUUCCAGAAGCAAGUUAUGACUCAAAUCCGAAAAGGUGACGCAGCGUACGUCCUACGCACCUGUCUUAAGGGGGAGCCAGCGAGAUUGGUGAACUGCGUAGACGACGACAUAGACGAGAUGUGGCAUCGUUUAGACGACAAAUAUGGAGACCCAGCCAAAGUUGUCGAUGUCAUCAUUGACGAAAUAAAGCGAUUUAGAAUGCUCAGAGAAGGAGAAGAUAAACGCUUUAUAGAAUUUGUAACCCUCAUAGAGUAUGGUUAUCGUAACCUAAAAGGACUCGGCUUGGAAACAGAGAUCACGACUACAAGCUCAGUCAGCGUAAUUGAGAAAGCACUCCCGUCAGAUAUCAAACGGAAAUGGUCCGAACGGGUAAGCUCUCGUGACAGUCUUGUUGAUAAGAGCAACAAAUUUCCAAGUCUUCUCGACUUUCUACAGAGUCAAAGGGAUGCCAUUGAAUACGAAAGUGCUACACUCCGUGCAGGAAGCAGCAACCAAUAUCACAAAGGCGCAGCACAUUACUCGGAGAGUAUCACAGUCGGAAAAGACGAAAGUACCAAAGAACCUAGGCCUAAGUGUCUGAUUCACGAGAAUGGUAAGCACUGGACGUCAAAUUGCCGACUUUAUCAAGCUAAGACAGUUGACGAAGAAAGGGAUUUUCUCAAAGAAAAGCAAGCAUGCUGGGCUUGUCUUAAGCCUGGUCACAGGCAGCGGACUUGUAGGAUAAAAAGAGAUUGCGGCGUGAAUGGCUGCACGAGGAAACAUCACCCAUCAAUUCACGAAAACGAUGAAAGUACACCCCAGCAAGCUUCUGCCUCCGCCAAUGUAUGCAGCGACUCCAACGUCGAUACAUGUCUUCUCCAAGUACAGAGAGUAAAAACCAGGAAGGGGACAGCUAAUGUAAUGUGGGACAACGCAGCCUCACUUUGCUUCAUAACCAACGCCAAAGCGAAACAAGAGAAACUCAGUGGAGUCAAAGUGAAUCUUUCAAUAGUGAAGAUAGGAGGGCAGAACGAGGAAAUCGAAACAAUGAAAUACAAGCUACCACUUUUGGACAAGCGAGGUCAAGCCGUGGAAUUCGAAGUAUAUGGGAUCAACAAAAUCACCUCUGAUAUCGAGCAUGUAAACGUAGAGAGCAUCGCCCACCUAUUUAGAAACGUUUCAAAGGAUGAAAUAGCGCGACCCGCUGGUCCAGUUGAUGUGUUGAUCGGUUAUGAAUACGCCGCCUUUCACCCGGAAAGGGAACAGAAUAAUGGGCAUCUUGUACUACUGAAAAACCGUUUUGGAAGAUGCGUAGGAGGAACUCACCCACUGCUUAAAGAAACGUGCAUGACCCAUAAUCUUGGAAACGCGAGAGUACACUUUGUAGGCAAAGUCAAUGUCGAAGAUUUUUACACUAUCGAGGCACUUGGUGUACAGUGCAAACCGAAGUGCGGGGGAUGCAAGUGCGGAAAAUGCUCCUUGGGCGCCAAAGAUUAUACCAUACAGGAAGAAAGGGAACUGGAGUUAAUUGAGCGGAAUUUAAGUUUUAACAGUGAAGACAACUCAUGGACCGCUGAAUACCCCUGGAUCAAAGACCCCCAUAAGCUUCCUAACAACCGCAAAGUAGCGAUGGCGAAAUUAGCUGCUACCGAACGACGACUCAGAAAGAACGCAGAUCACGCGAAAGUGUAUGACGAACAGAUAAAGGACAUGGUGGCCAGAAAUGUGGCAAGAAAGCUAUCCGAGGAAGAAUUAACAAACUACACAGGCCCUACGUAUUACAUUGCUCACCACGAAGUACUCAAACCAGAAUCGAAAUCUACUCCAGUUCGUAUAGUUUUCAACAGCAGUGCGAACUAUAUGGGGCACGUAUUAAACGAGUAUUGGGCAAAGGGUCCUGACUUGCUCAAUAACUUGUUAGGAGUCUUGAUACGCUUUAGAGAGAACAGAGUUGCUUUCAUGGGAGACAUUAGGAAAAUGUACCACACA